AUAUUGAGAGACUGAGGGUUUAGAUUUGAGCAAAAGGGGACUUCUCACAGAUGGCGCAGAAACAAACUAGUGGUGGCGACGGAGGCGGUGGGUUCUUUACCUCCAUAGCGUGGGGCUUGUCUAAUUUCGGCAGUGUCGUGUCCAAAUCAGUUAACGGGUUGCUUGGAUAUGAAGGGCUGGAAGUUAUAAAUCCCGAAGGGGGCAGUGGAGAUGCCGAGUCGGAAGCUCAGAAAGGAAGAUGGAAGGAGGAGGAUCGCGACAAUUAUUGGAAGAUGAUGCAAAAGUAUAUUGGGUCCGAUGUCACAUCAAUGGUGACACUACCGGUUCUUAUCUUUGAGCCUAUGACAAUGCUUCAGAGGAUGGCCGAGUUAAUGGAAUAUUCCUACCUACUAGACUUGGCGGAUCAAUGUAAUGACCCACAUAUGAGACUCGUUUAUGCUGCUUCCUGGUUUAUAUCCUUGUAUUAUGCUUACCAGCGCACUUGGAAACCUUUCAAUCCAAUUCUUGGUGAAACUUAUGAAAUGAUCAACCAUGGUGGGAUUACAUUUAUAGCAGAGCAGGUAAGCCAUCACCCUCCCAUGAGUGCAGCUCAUGCCGAAAAUGACCAUUUUGUUUAUGAUAUAACUUCAAAGGUGAAGACCAAAUUCUUGGGCAACUCAGUUGAAGUUUAUCCCCUUGGAAGGACACGGCUGACACUUAAAAGAGAUGGUGUCAUCCUUGACUUGGUUCCACCACAGACAAAAAUUAACAAUCUUAUAUUUGGUCGAACCUGGAUUGAUUCACCUGGGGAGAUGAUCUUGACAAACUUGACCACUGGGGACAAAGUCGUGCUGUAUUUUCAACCUUGUGGUUGGUUCGGGGCUGGUCGCUAUGAAGUUGACGGAUAUGUAUACAAUGGUGACGAAGAGCCCAAAAUUCUAAUGACAGGAAAAUGGAAUGAGUUCAUGAACUUUCAACCAUGCGAUUUGGAAGGAGAACCGCUUCCUGGCACAAAGCUGGAGGAGGUAUGGAGGGUUGCCGGUGCACCUGAAAAUGACAAAUUUCAGUAUACGCAUUUCGGGCACAAGGUAAACAGCUUUGAAACUGCACCCAGCAAGCUGUUGGAGUCUGAUUCUCGCUUACGUCCUGAUCGGCAAGCACUUGAGAAGGGUGACCUAUCCAAGGCUGCGGCAGAAAAGAGCAGUUUGGAAGAGAGGCAAAGAGCCGAAAAGAAAAUGCGUGAAGCCAAGGGUGAUGAACAUAAACCAAGAUGGUUCGACUUAUCAACUGAAAUAUCAGCGACGCCCUGGGGUGACUUGGAAGUCUACAACUACAAUGGCAAAUAUGCUCAACAUCGUGCUGCUAUUGAUGGUUCAGACAAUGUCGGCGGGGUAGAUAUCGGAUCCACGGCGUUCAAUCCAUGGCAAUACCAGGAUGUCGCCGCAGCUUCAGAGUAGGGAUUCCAUCCAUCAUUUCCGUCUGUGGCUUUUGGCCAAUUUAUUUCAGUGAGAUGCGUUGUUGUAAUUCACUAUUAUUUCUUUAUUUUAGUGUGAAUAUGAGAUGGGAUCUACUCUCUCUUUUUUUUUUAUUACUUCUAAAAGAACAGCUGGCCGUUAGAAAAUGAAAAGCAACCAGUCCUUUUUCUUCUUGUUA